AUGCCGAUGCUCGCGGAUCCCUCUAUCAAGUACAAACCGUACACACCUCUCAACCUGCCUGAUCGCCAAUGGCCAGCCAAGAUCAACCGCGCACCACCCAUCUGGCUUUCCACCGACCUCCGCGAUGGGAACCAAGCCUUGGCGAACCCGAUGACUAUUCCGCAGAAGAUGUCAUUCUUCGAGACCCUCGUCAAAUGCGGGUUCAAGGAGAUCGAGGUCUCAUAUCCCGCUGCGAGUGAUACGGACUUCAAUUUCGUUCGGAUGUUGAUCGAGGAGAACAGGGUGCCGGACGAUGUGUGGCUGCAGGUCCUCACUCCUGCUCGGGAGGAUCUCAUCAAGCGAACAGUCGACGCCGUAGCGGGAAGCAAGCGUGCUAUCAUCCAUAUGUACAACGCGACGAGCUGCCUCUUCCGCACAGUCGUCUUCCGCAAUUCAAAAGAGGAAACACUCGCGCUCGCGGUCAAGCAUACCGAGAUAAUCCGGAAGCUGACUGAAGAGUGCACAGCAAAAUAUGGGACGCAGUUCCGGUACGAGUACAGUCCCGAGACGUUCUCGCAGACGGAGCCCGAGUUCGCGCUGGAGGUGUGCGAGGCGGUGAAGAAAGCGUGGGGCAAGGCUGGGACUGCGUACGACGAGAGGAUCAUCUUCAACCUCCCGGCUACGGUCGAGAUCGGUCCUCCAAAUCAUUAUGCGGACCUAGUCGAGCAUUUCUCUCGCAACAUAUCAGAACGAGAGAAGAUUUUCAUCAGUCUACAUCCACAUAACGACCGCGGCACUGGUAUCGCUGCUGCUGAGCUGGGUCAGAUGGCAGGCGCGGACCGUGUUGAAGGAUGCUUGUUUGGGAACGGCGAGCGCACUGGAAACGUCGACCUCGUCAACCUCGCACUAAACCUCUACACACAAGGCGUCCACCCCAAGGUCGACUUCUCCGACAUCCAGGCUGUCAUUGACGUUGUCACCGCCUGCAAUGACCUCCCCGUCCACCCCCGCCAUCCGUACGCAGGCGAGCUCGUCUUCACCGCGUUCUCCGGUUCCCAUCAGGACGCGAUUAAAAAGGGUUUUGAGGCCCAGCGCGCGCGCCACGCGAAGGCGCGAGCGCAGGGCGAACCGGAACACUGGGAGAUGCCGUACCUUCCCAUUGACCCCGCUGAUCUUGGAUCUACGUACGAAGCCGUUAUUCGCGUCAACGCGCAAUCAGGCAAGGGCGGAAUUGCUUACCUCGUACAGCAGCACCUGGGCCUGGACAUGCCGCGCAAGCUGCAGGUAGCGUUCUACGCUGUCAUCCAGGAGAUCGCGGACCGCGAGGCGCGCGAGAUGACGGUGGAGGACAUCACGACAGCGUUCAGGAAGACGUUCCAUCUCGGCGGAUCUGCGUAUGAGGGCCGCCUCAACCUCAAAUCGUUCCGGAUCUCGGCGGAACCUGCGGCAGGGGGCGUCGACGGCGAGGCCGUGGACGAGCGCAGGCAGUUCGACGGCACCGUCUCUGUCGACGGGCAGCUGCGCGUCCUGCGUGGGGAUGGGAAUGGUCCCCUAUCUGCUCUUCUCGACGCGCUCCGCACGCACCUUCAGAUCGACCUUUCCCUGCGCGAGUACUCGGAGCAUACGAUCGGCCAGGACCAGAACGCCAAAGCGGCAUCCUUCGUCGAGCUCGUCCCCAACAGCGGUGACGUCAAGGAGACCCGCGCAUCGACCGAGUCGUACUGGGGCGUCGGCAUCGACGCGGACAUCGCCGGGUCAGGACUGCGCGCAGUCCUGAGCGCGGCCAACAAUGCGAUCGGGGACCGCCCGCUGCCCGAGCUCAAACUCAGCGUCGGGUUCAACGCGCGCUCCGGCCAGGCGGACAUUGCAACGGCUAUCCUGAACUCGCUCAAGCUGGAGCUGCCUAGGCGGCUGCAGGCAAGCUUCUUCGAAGCCGUGCAGCGCGCGGCGCAUGGCUCCGGGGGCGAGAUCUCGUACGACGCGCUGGUCGGGCUCUUCCGCGAGAGGUACGGGUACUACGACGAGGAGGAGAACCCGCGGUUCGCGGUGAAGAGCUUCAAGCUCGAACACCUGAACGCGAGCGGGAGGGCGAAGCUCUCUGGAGAGUUCAUUAUCAACGGCAAGCCCGUCUCGUUGGAGGGUGAGGGCAACGGGCCACUGUCGGCGGCCGUGGAAGCGGUCAACCGUGGGUUGGAUGGGAAAGUGUCGAUCCGCGAAUACGCGGAGCACUCAAUCGGAGAAGGCUCAGAAGUGAAGGCGGCAUCGUACGUUGAAGUUGCGUAUGAGGGCCCUGGUGGGAGUCCGAAGUGGACAACGUGGGGCGUCGCGAUCGACAGUGACAUAACGGCGUCCGGUUUGAAAGCGGUCUUGGCUGCCACGAAGGCGGUUGAGCUUGCGGACGAGGAGGCGAGAAGGACGGCAGGGCAGAAAUAG